GUAGUACUAAUCACAAAUCCUGAUCAAAAUACAUAUCAUGGACGACUUCCUGCUUGAUCUCGCACCUGAGGUGCUUCACUUUCUUCUGGACACUUUCCUCUUGCGAUUUGUACCGCCGGGCCGCUUCCAUACCUCAGAAUGUAUGGCACCCUGUUUAUCUCGCUGAUGUAUGUCAGCACAGCGGCCGCUCGAUGCUACAACCUUCAAGGAACAGCUCCGCCAGACGGUUCCUUUGUAGCUUGUAACCCUGAUGCCGAAGUCAGCGCGUGUUGCGCCAGUAACAAAGCACAGCCUGAUAUCUGUAUGCAGGGCGGACUCUGCUAUGCAACAAUGGACUCCUACAGUGGCUAUCUGUAUGGGAAUGGUUGUACCGACCCUACGGCUAGCGAUGAUGCCUGUCCUAUCGUGUGUCCUGCGAAAGCCAAUGGCUGGAAGGCCUUCAAUGUACUCCCCUGUACGAUGAGUACUUGGUGUUGUAGAGAAGCGUCAGACAGUACAAAUUGCUGCAACAACUCUGCCAUGAUAAUCAGCGGAACCGCGACUUCUUUACUUGGACGCUUCAUUGACGGCGUCAUCCCUGGCUCAUCAGCGACCUCGAACAGCACAAACACUACCGACACAAACGCCACAACCACAGCGACGACCACAAUCACAACCACUGCGUCAGCUGAGUCGGACUCGAGCAAUACUACCACAGUCGUCGGUGCGGCUGUCGGUGCCGUCUUGGGUGUCGCUUGCAUCAUCGCACUGGUCGGAAUGCUCUGGAUGAUGAGAAAAGUCAAGAACUUGAAGAAAGAGAUGCAAUCCCUCAAGCAAGAUACCUACGCACCUAGCUCGAACGCUGUCAUGUCGCCUCAACAACCAUACCAUGUACCGCAAAACGCAGGUCCCACGACGCAUGCAUACGAGGCGGACUGGAACAAUGGGAGGUAUGAAAUCGACGGCACGGGCAAAUAGCUCGAAUACUAGGCGUGUUGUACAUAAUGAGUCGCUUAGCUAAAUUU